UCGGAUGAUAGCUCAGUGUGUCUUCUUUCGACUAGGGACGGUUUGAUGAAACUGUUAUUUCGUUAAAAAUUUAUUUUAUUCGUCAAAUAUUUUCUAUAGUGAAAUUCCUUUGAACCACUAAAAUACAAAAACUCCUCAAAGUGCAUAUUUUUUACGAUUCAGUAUCCAUGCUACCCGUCGGAUGAUAGCUCAGUGUGUCUUCUUUCGACUAGGGACGGUUUGGUGAAACUGUUAUUUCGUUAAAAAUUUAUUUUAUUCGUCAAAUAUUUUCUAUAGUGAAAUUCCUUGAAACUCCCAAAAUACAAAAAUUCCUCAAAGUGCAUAUUUUUUACGAUUCAGUAUCCAUGCUACCCGUCGGAUGAUAGCUCAGUGUGUCUUCUUUCAACUAGGGACGGUUUGGUGAAACUGUUAUUUCGUUAAAAAUUUAUUUUAUUCGUCAAAUAUUUUCUAUAGUGAAAAUCCUUGAAACUCCCAAAAUACAAAAAUUCCUCAAAGUGCAUAUUUUUUACGAUUCAGUAUCCAUGCUACCCGUCAGAUGAUAGCUCAGUGUGUCUUCUUUCAACUAGGGACGGUUUGGUGAAACUGUUAUUUCGUUAAAAAUUUAUUUUAUUCGUCAAAUAUUUUCUAUAGUGAAAUUCCUUGAAACUCCCAAAAUACAAAAAUUCCUCAAAGUGCAUAUUUUUUACGAUUCAGUAUCCAUGCUACCCGUCGGAUGAUAGCUCAGUGUGUCUUCUUUCAACUAGGGAUGGUUUGGUGAAACUGUUAUUUCGUUAAAAAUUUAUUUUAUUCGUCAAAUAUUUUCUAUAGUGAAAUUCCUUUGAACCACUAAAAUACAAAAACUCAUCAAAGUGCAUAUUUUUUACGAUUCAGUAUCCAUGCUACCCGUCGGAUGAUAGCUCAGUGUGUCUUCUUUCGACUAGGGACGGUUUGGUGAAACUGUUAUUUCGUUAAAAAUUUAUUUUAUUCGUCAAAUAUUUUCUAUAGUGAAAUUCCUUUGAACCACUAAAAUACAAAAACUCCUCAAAGUGCAUAUUUUUUACGAUUCAGUAUCCAUGCUACCCGUCGGAUGAUAGCUCAGUGUGUCUUCUUUCGACUAGGGACGGUUUGGUGAAACUGUUAUUUCGUUAAAAAUUUAUUUUAUUCGUCAAAUAUUUUCUAUAGUGAAAUUCCUUUGAACCACUAAAAUACAAAAACUCCUCAAAGUGCAUAUUUUUUACGAUUCAGUAUCCAUGCUACCCGUCGGAUGAUAGCUCAGUGUGUCUUCUUUCGACUAGGGACGGUUUGGUGAAACUGUUAUUUCGUUAAAAAUUUAUUUUAUUCGUCAAAUAUUUUCUAUAGUGAAAUUCCUUUGAACCACUAAAAUACAAAAACUCCUCAAAGUGCAUAUUUUUUACGAUUCAGUAUCCAUGCUUGUAACCGUUUGGUUACAAAUUGUUGAUUUUUGUUUUGUAUUAUAUGUUGUGUGUCGGACCCUUCACGUUUCUUGUGUAAAAACAGUAGGAAAUACCACAGAAGUGAAAGGGUCAAGUACCGCUGUAAAUGUGUUGUCUUGCUACCAUCGAUCAAAUAUGGAAUAGAAAUUGUACUUCGAGUGAAACAGCAUGUAGAUGAUGACCGAAAGAAUGACGGAUGGUGGGAAUAAUUGAACAGAACGGCCAUUGCCCAAAACUGGCGAAUAGUUUAACAGGCGUCCGUGUGCUAAGACGUGUGAUUUUCAUGGUGCAGUGAUUCUGACUGAGUGAACGAACCCCCCCCCCCCCUUUUCAUAGCAGGAGCUAGGCUGUGCUUUGGGGAAGAUACUGCUCAGGUAAUUUGAAUGCCCUGCAUUCUAUUUGAAGAUUGGUUGUUAAAAUGUACCGUCCAUAGGACCUCUUUUGUUUGGACCUUUAAGUCCCACCGUCCAGCACACGGGUCGGCCCGCGAAGCCAUCAGGCUUCCGCGCCUAACUCGACAAGGAGUUUUACCGUCCUUUUCCGGACGGAUCCUCAGGCAGAUCGCCUUAACCGUCAAGGAGGAUUUCCCCUCUCGACUUGCCAAGGUGGCCAUGCCACGGUCGGUCGAUUGCGCCCACGAGGGAAGACGCCAGUGAUCCCCCCCCCAGCAACGCCUGCUGGUCCCGUCGGCCGAGUACCGGCCCCGAUCGCCAUCCGGCGAGAAUUUCGGCCGCACAGCUCGACAGGAGUCGCUGUGUCGGCCAUCGACACCACCUUCAAGCAGCAGCGGUAUGUACCGGUACCACCGAUAUUAGCAUAGGAAACACUUAACAAAUUAAUACUCAAAUUAUUCACAAAACAACACGCACACGCCACAAAGUAGGAAUUUUCAAUAAAAUGCAUAAGUAACGUUAAAGAUCCGUGUUCUUAGUUUUUGUAUCGCGAACCGCCCUUGAUUACCCGGUAGCUAGCCGACCCUGGGAUUGCCGGAGAGUCUCUUGCGUCUUGAGUCGGCCCGGCACUGUAGUAUUGACGAUAAGUUUCACUUGGCACCCAGCCAAAAGUCCGCGAAAGGUAAUCAAGGGACCGAAGUAGCAUACAAAAAUCUAUCGAUUUUUGCCGACGGGAGGUGGCAGGGAUACGUGCUUGCACGUAUGUCUCGCCCCUUACGCACUAUCUUCACUCACUUGCGAAAUCUGUGAUAAGUCGAAGCUUUUGCUUCAAAAGAGGUCCUGAGCACAUCACGGACACAUUUGCUCUCGAUUCUCGUUUUUACCGCAUAAAAAUUCGUUGAUGUUGGCAAAUUUUGUGUAUCGUGAUCCGUUUAUGCAUUGUCCAAACAUAGAUCAUAAUUGAACUUUACUUUACCUACUUGUCCAAUGAAUCAUGACAACAAUAGCGCACUAUUUAUUUUAACAUGUUUGUUUUGAUCCGUCCCAUUGUUUUAUGAUUUUAUUUUUACCCAUCCACAACACAUCUCCGAUUCUCAUACAAUGACACGCAAGCGGCGAGCAAAGGCUAAGGCCAAUUAUAAAUUAAUUGAUUGGCAGCCGACGACGUACGAUGCGGACGAGUCGGACUUGGAGGACUCUUUCGAGAUGCCUCGUCCGUUGCUCUCGACGCAUCCUAACUACCCGCUAGAGGAGUUAGAGCUGGACCUCGAAGAGACUUUGCAUACCAUUCGGGAGCAAAGGACUUCGGGGGUGAUGAUGCCAGCAGACGUCAUAAAAAUUAAAAGAAUCAUUUACGUGUUUAUGCGUGACAUGAACAUCGUCACAUGCGAUGUAAAUUCUCGCUAUUUGCCCCCCAGCGCGACAUGCGAGUAUAGGGCGACGGAGUCAGAACCAGAGGAAGAGAUCGAGUUGAUCAUCCCUAGUUCUGAUUCCGAAGACUUCGAAAUGUCCUUCAGCGAGCCCGAAUCUGAUUCGGAAGACCUGCUUCAGGUAGAAAUGGGAACGAAAAGAAGCCCAGUGUCACGCUAUUCUUCCGGUUACUUUUCCCCCGAAUUUGACACCAGUAAGUCGGUGCUUCAUUCAUCGAGUUUUCCCCGAGACUUACCUGGUGAAGCUUUCCUUACUUCCAAAGAACAAACUUCGAACCCUGAAUCCCUACGAAAGCAGACCCGAUCGUUCAAGAUCCGGAAAAAGGCCAACCCAAAUCUUCAAGCGGAACCUACGGCCAAAGAACUGUGCAGCGUAAACCUAUCUUCGAUCUUGGAACCCUACCCUUCAACGAAUAUUCCCAGUUCCGGACGCACACCUGGAACCCCCCAAAAGGUCUUUUCAUUCAAUAAAAAGAAAAACAAAUGCCACUAAGACUUCAAACAUAUUUAUUUAAUAUUUAUUUCUUUCCACUUCACUUCCUAUUUUUCCGGCAGUUUGCCGUUAAUCCGGUGAGGUGUGGGAGCAUCGGCAAUUCCCCAGUCGCCGACGGUGAACACCGCUGGAUGGAAGAUGAUCUGAAAAGAGAGAAAUAGAAACUGUUUUUAGCAAUUAAAUAACACCGAAGGACUAUGGAAUUGUUAGUCGAUUGUGUUAGUUGUUAUGAGAAUCGUUAGCUGUUAGUCCUGUUUAGUCGGACCGACGGAUGAAAGACUCCGAUCGGUCGUGAAGAAAGGCUAACAUGCAAGUAAUAAUAGAUCCAACUUACCUUGAUUUAUCAUCGGGGAUCCAUACCGGGGUUGGCAGGACCGGCGGAAAAUGCGAGGUAUUGCGUAUUUCACCUCGUUUUCCCCACCUGCAGAACUGCCGGGAGGGGAUCGCCCACUUUGUUUUGAUUGGCCAAUCUAAAAUAAACACCAAUCACCUUAGAGAGGUUGAUUAUUUUAAUGUGUACACUGAACUUACCUGAUUUCAUCUUGCUCCGCUAAGAUGGUCAUCAAGGUCCCGGGACCAUUAUGGGUUUGCUAUGGGCCAAUCUUUCGUCGCAAAGAUUGUGGCCACAUAGACCAACAACCCAAGAAUGAAUGAUUUCAUUCACCUGAAAAAGACAAAUACAUACGAAGAUAAGUCUUCGGUAUGUUUCAUACAUAUACGUACGUAUUACUUAUCACGAAUACAUCAGAAAAUGCCACUUUAUUCACUUUUCACUUCGAGUUGAAUUCCAACUGCACAACAUAAGGUAAACAACAACAUAACGAACAAUAGAUAUGCUGUGUCAGUCCACUUUGACAGACUCAUGACGUUUCGCAAACUGUCACUGUCACUGUUGUGUCAAACAGUUUGCCCGCCGGCGAAUCAAUCCCGCCUGGGGAUUCGGCCGUGCUGAUCGAAUGUGAUCUUUGUGUUGUAAAUAUUUGCAAAUAGGGUUGUAAAAUUGUUUUUCGUUGCGCAACGUGUAAAUAGAGUUGUCUACCCAUAAUUCGGGAUAUUUAAUAAGAUUUUUAAAAUGUUGUGUACAUAUUUAUUUUGCAUGUUUUAAUUUAUUUCGUUUUCCGAUUU